AUGAGUGGCCCUAACGGCAUGUUGUAUGGCGGCGAUGAGAUAGGAGCCCUAGUGUUUGAUCCUGGGCAUCAUUCGUUAAGGGUUGGUUAUGCUCAAGAAGAUACUCCUAAAGCUGACAUUCCAGCAGUUAUUGGUGUCGGACCAGGUACCUUACACAUACCUGAUGCUGAAGAGAAAGUACCAGAUGGAAAUAUUACGCAAACCGCAUCCAAAAAAGAUGAACUUCGCUAUUACAUAGAUGUCACAGAGCUGCAUGUGCCAAGACCAAAUAUGGAAGUCCAAACUUAUAUGAAGGAUGGACAAGUGGAUAAUUGGGAUUUAUUUGAAAAAAUGUUGGAUUAUUGUUACUCUAAGGUAAUAAGAUCCCCAUCAGAACACCACCCCGCACUCUUCACAGAAGCAGUUUGGACUACUAGGCCGGCCAGGGAGAAGCUGGCCGAGUUAUUGUUUGAGAAAUACCAAGCGCCCGCCUUCUUUCUAGUAAAGAAUGCAGUGUUAGCCGCCUUUGCUAAUGGAAAGUCGACUGCGUUAGUUAUUGAUGCUGGAGCAAGCCAGACAUCUGCUGUACCUGUCAUAGAUGGCUAUGCAUUAGUUAGUGCAGCGGUCCGGUCCCCGGUGGGAGGAGACCACCUCGUUGCUCAGGCCAAAAACAUGUUGAAUAACUUGCACAUACAGAUGUUACCCGUCUACAGUAUACAGAGUAAAGAAGUUAUAAGGGAAAGGGAAAGAGCUCGCUACACACUGAAGACUUUACCGGCCGGCCUGACCGUCUCCUGGCAGCAGUACAUGCUGAAACGACAGUAUGAGGACUUCGUGCAUUGCGUUGCUCAGGUAUCGGAGCAGGUGUACGACGAGCGCGCUGUGGCCGCCGUGCCGGGCAUGCACUACGAGUUCCCAGGUGGCUACCACCAGGACUUCGGCCCCGAGAGGUUCAAGCUCACCGAGUGUCUGUUCGAACAGAACCUAGGAGCUCCGCAUCUUGCGUGCGCGGCGGCGGCGGCGUGCGACGCGGACACGCGCGCGGCUCUGUGGGGCGCGGUGGCGGCGUGCGGCGGCGCGGCGUGCGCGUCCGGGUGGCUGGAACGUGUGGCGCGCGAGCUGGCGGCGCGCGCGCCUUCCGCGCACCGGCUCAAGGUGGGCGCGCCGCCCGCCAGCGCGGAGAGACGCUUCGCCGCGUGGAUAGGAGGUUCAAUAUUAGCGUCCAUUGGAUCUUUCCAACAGAUGUGGAUUUCUUCGCAAGAGUAUGACGAAGGCGGUAAAGGGCAGCUCGAAAGAAAGUGUCCU